UCUCGGAUCUUCAACAUUCAUUUCAACAACAAGAUGCUAUUGAUUUAAGCUCAAGCUCUGUGUUUGGUGCAAAGUCGAACAAUGUAGCUGUUGUUGCAAGCAACUUGCAGUACGGAGCAUUCCACACGGGUGCAUUGAGACAGGGUCGCAACCCAUGUUCCACAAAGGAACCACAAAUGCCACCGUGCCCCUUGCGAACCAGCAUGCUGAGAGCCAACAAACCGAAGAUACUUCCACAGAUAUUGACACUGAUGAUAAAAACCAAUGUUUCUCGACGGUGUCAUGGUGCAAUGGAGUUCGGGAUGGAGGGCUUGUAGUUGUGGACUCACAGGACCAAAGUAAGACUAAGGUUAAAGCUGGUGAUCACAAGACUCUUCGCAGGUUGGCUCAGAAUCGAGAGGCUGCAAGGAAGAGUAGGCUAAGGAAAAAGGCAUAUGUGCAGCAAUUGGAGAACAGUCGACUUAGACUUGCACAAUUAGAGCAAGAGGUUCAACGUGCACGUCAACAGGGUGCAUUUGUUGCAACUGGAAUCACGGGGGAUCGUGGUCAUUCAGUUGUUGGAAAUGGUGCGUUAGCAUUUGACAUGGACUAUGCCCGAUGGGUUGACGAACAUCAACGGCUGAUCAAUGACAUAAGAUUAGCUAUAAAUUCUCAAAUGGGUGAUAAUGAACUGCAUCUUCUUGUUGACGGAGUCAUGGCACAUUAUGAUGAAUUAUAUAGGUUAAAGAGCAUAGGAGCAAAGGCUGAUGUAUUUCACAUACUUUCUGGGAUGUGGAUGACACCUGCAGAAAGAUGCUUCAUAUGGCUUGGAGGAUUUCGUUCAUCUGAAAUUCUCAAGAUAGUUAGAAACCAACUUGAGCCGUUAACCGAUCAACAGCUGAUGGGCAUUUACAAUCUGCAGCAGUCUUCCCAGCAGGCUGAGGAUGCUUUAUCACAAGGCAUGGAAGCAUUGCAACAAUCUCUUUCAGAGACACUUUCCUCCACCUCUCUAGGACCUGCAGGUUCUGGAAAUGUUGCCGAGUACAUGGGCCAGAUGGCAAUUGCAUUAGGCAAGCUUGCCACACUAGAGAGUUUUGUUCAUCAGGCUGACCUCUUGAGGCAACAAACACUGCAGCAACUGCGACGAAUUUUGACCACACUCCAAGCGGCUCGUGCUCUCCUUGUCAUAAAUGAUUAUGUCUCACGACUUCGAGCUCUUAAUUCAUUAUGGUUAGCGUGUCCUAAAGAGUACUAGAAUUGACAACACAUGUAUCUAUCUAUGGAGCACUCCUAAUGUGUAGGAACUCA